AUGAAAGAGCUCGAUGCCACUCUCAAGGUCAAGUGUCCUCGUUCGCCAGCAGCAAGAGCAGCAGACUUCGAUCGUCUUGGAACACAGAUCUGGAAUGCUUCCAUCCGCCUCAAAGAUCAGUCCUCGCCAACGCUGGAGACCUGGCCCCAACUCGAACCUCAGCUACGUGUGCUCGCAUACUUCCUUCUGGAUACAGCACAAAGAUCCUACGUCAAGCAUGGCAGUAAGAAGUCGUCCCAGAACCUGGUCCGCAUUCUCAAGACGGCUUUGAAAGCAGCCCGGAUAUGUAUUGCUUCAGAUGCCUUGGACCUUUGCACCAUGCUCUUCGAGAAGAUGGCCGAUCAUGUCGAGCACAAACAAGAUCCACCUCCAGAGUUCAAGAAAGAUAAACAGGAGAGCGAGGCUCAGGAAUUGAUCAAAGAGUUGACGGCUGACUAUUAUCUCUUGCGAGCAACCACAUCGUGGAAACAGAAUAAGCCCGAUACUGUGAGCUACUGGCUUGCGAGGGUCCUUUUGGUACCCAGCAGAUCAGACAUGCUGCACCUGGCCGAAAAGAAGGCAGACUUGACGUACGAAGUUGGCAAAUCAGCUCUCCAGAAGAAGCAGUUCGCUACCGCUGUCAGGUGGCUAGAGCAAAGCUAUCAAAUCUUCGAAGACGUUGAUCCGGAAAUGUUGUCAUCGGACUUCUGCGACCUUCGUCUAGUGGUAAUGCUUGAUUAUGCUCGUGCGUUAGUCGGUGCCGGUGAUGCUAUAUCGUUAGACAAAGCGUCUAGCCUCCUUGUGACACUCGACCAGGAGCAUGGUUUCAAGGCCGAGGUCCACCUUCUGAGGCUUGAUGCCAUCUAUGCUCAAAAGCCAUUCGAAGCUGAUCAGUUUUGCGGAGUCUUGAAUCAGAUUGUUCGAGGAGCUAUCCUUUCGGACGGUACUUUCAGAUCGAUCAUGUGUCAAAUCCAGAAAUUGAACCUCUACAAUCCGGAAAGAGCCGGUGCAAAGAUUCAGGCUGCCAUGACUGAUUCGACUCCUGGUCCCCAUUCGCAUUUAGCAUGCCAGACCUCGGAUUUACUACUGUCGAGACUGCUUGCACAGUCUCCCAUCGUGCAGACAUGGAUCGAAAAGAUUGUGGUAACCAGAGUUUGGAUCAGUUCGCUCUCUUUGGAUGUGCAAGAUCACCCUUCCAGACUCGGAAAUCUGUUCGACGACAUUGCUCAUGCAAAUGGAAUAAAAUUGAGUGCAGAGGCGACACACGCUUCUCAGUCUCUUAUAUGGAAAGCUGCCACUGCUCUGCAGCAAUUACAGAAUGAGGAUGAAGCUGCUAAAUGGUGUGAUUUGGCAAGCCACGAUAUAUUUGCCAGCUCUGGAGAUCUGAACAAAGCCAAGUUGUCACGCAAAUUGAUGACAGUGGCUCUUUCAAAGGGUGAUUUAACGGCUGCGCGAGCAGCUUACCAUCAGAUGUCAGAGAGUGGAAAAUCAGCUGCAAUGACACAAUACCUGAUGUACAAGAUUGCCAUACAGGAGAACGAUGUUGAGCUUGCUACACAAUCUCUUGGGGGCGUCCUGAAGUCGUCCUCAAAAGGCACUGAGAAGUAUCUUUAUGGCUGCGCACUCGAAGCGCAACAGGCAGGUAACCGACAACAAUUCAUCGCAACAAUGCACAAGGUCCUGGAAUUCCACGAAAAACAUCCAUUAGAUGAUGUACGACUGCCAGUUCUUCUACGUUGUAUUGCUGGUUCGAUCGAGGCAGAGGUAAACAACCACGAUAUGCCUCUUGACGCAGGUCUGACCGAGUUAUGCAAGGUCUUCGAAGCCGCGAUGAGACACGGAAGUAGUUCCAAAGAUGUGGGUAAUGAUGAACCCCGGCUUGCUGAACUUCGAUGGUUCGCUUGUCACUGUUACAACACAGCUUUGAGGUAUUGCUCGGAUAUGCAGCCAGAACUACUGACGAGGUUCAUGAUGGCAAGUGUUGCUCUAAUCGAUCACCUCCGUACAGAAGGUGACAAAGACAAUGGUCUGCUCAGUCGGCUUCUGCUGUGUCGCUUCCUGGCCACAUCUGCUUUGGUUGUCCUCGCAAGAUCAGAAGACAACAUCGAGCGAGCCCUACAGCUCUAUCUUGAUGCGAGACGCCAGAUUGCAGCAUUUCACCACAAAUACCAAGAAGCCCUACAAAAUGGAUCGUUGCAACCAGACGCAACUUCAGACAUCGAGGUCAAAGAGUUUGAGAUGGUUCAGUUCGACCUCGAAGCAUUGAUGCGCCUCGAAAAUUGGCACGACCUUGACAAAGUGUUAUCGAUGUGUCUCGAAGCCCGCCACUCGAAUCGGCUCGAAAGCGCAGCGGAUCUGAUCCUCCACAUACACACCCACAUAAUCUCUUCUUCGGUCCACCCUAACACAUCGAAUCUCCUUGCCAGGAUCCCCUCUGUGAUGGAGAAGAUAAUCAACACAUGCUGGCGCAACAACAAAGACAUCACGCGUGUAGCCCGCUGGAUACGCUGCCUCUUUCAGAUGACACUUACUACCGACUCGGCCGUUUCCCUUCGCUGUCUUGAUCAAGCUUCUGCCAUUGCAUCCAAAGCAGCUACCCAACACAUAUCUGAGGCGUACCCAUCAGAAGAGCUUGAGUGGCUAGCCAGUACGGCUUUCAACCAUGCAGUCGAUCUUUGGUUCGCGGGUGCUGAAGAAGAAGCAUAUAUGCAGGAAGAAGGCAACGAGCAAGCGAGAGUGUGGGCUGAGAAAGCAUUGAUGCUGGCCGGAAGUGUUGGUGGAGUUGGAGAUGGUAUGCAGGGAUUACACAAGGUCCUGCAGGAUAAGUGGAUGAAGCUGAAGGGAAUCGGUCAAGAUGGGGAUCGAUAA